AUGUCGAAGACCUUCCAAAUUGCGGUGCUGCCGGGCGACGGUAUUGGCCCUGAAGUUGUAGAGCAGGCAGUUCGUGUGCUGGAGCGUGUGUCGACCAAGUCGACAUCGUUCCAGCUGCAGAUGCAGUCAUACGAUUUUGGUGGCGCUGCGAUCGAUUCGGCCGGUGAGCCACUGCCCGCUGCGACGCUCGAGGCGUGCAAGCGCGCCGAUGCCAUCCUGCUUGGCGCUGUCGGUGGCCCGAAGUGGGGUGUUGGCAAGGUGCGCCCCGAGCAGGGUCUGCUGGCGAUCCGCAAGGAGCUGGAUCUGUACGCGAAUGUGCGACCUGCGCUGUUCCCGUCCGAGUCGCUGCUGGACCGCUCGCCGCUGCGGCCCGAGGUCGCGAAGGGCACCGAGUUCAUCGUUAUCCGUGAGCUCGUCAAGGGUCUGUACUAUGGCGACCGCCAGGAGGCGGACCUCGAUUCGCCAGACUCGAAGGGCGAGGCGUACGAUAUGAUGGUGUACAACAAGGCGGAUGUGCAACGCAUCACGCGCCUUGCCGCGUACCUGGCCCUGCGCUCGUCGCCACCUUCCAAGAUCCACUCAAUCGACAAGGCCAACGUGCUGGCAACGAGCCGCCUGUGGCGCCGCGUCGUCACGGAGACGAUCGAGAACGAGUUCAAGGACCAGGGCCUCGAGGUGGACCACCACCUCGUCGACUCUGCUGCGAUGGUCAUGGUGUCGAACCCCCGCAAGCUCAAUGGAAUUGUGCUGACCGAAAACAUGUUUGGCGACAUCCUCUCGGAUGAGUCAUCGGUCAUCCCGGGCUCGCUGGGUUUGCUGCCCAGCGCGUCCCUUUCGGAACUGCCUACAGGUGAGGCACCCUGCAAGGGUCUCUAUGAGCCUAUCCACGGCUCUGCGCCGGACAUUGCGGGCCGCGGCAUCGCGAAUCCCGUCGGCACGAUCCUCUCGGCGGCGCUCCUGCUCCGCUGGUCGCUGGGUCUCGAGAAGGAGGCUGCGGCCAUCGAGGCAGCUGUCCGCAAGGUCCUCGACGCCGAGGAGACAGGCGGCUUUGGCCUUCGCACUGGCGACCUCGGCGGCAACGCCACGACGUCGGCGGUGGGCGACAAGGUGCUCGAAGUGCUCGACACGCUCCUGUAG